GGAGGGUGUCUGGGUGGGAGGGUGCCCAGGGGAGCAGGAGUGGAUGACAUAUCUGCCUUUUCCUCCCUGGCUGCCACACAGAGCCCAAGUUACACGUUCCCCAAGAAGAAGCCGCUGCCUUCCAUCUUGUCCAAGUCCAGCAGUGUUUCCCACCUCUCCAACCCCUGGCAGGAGGAGCUGGUCAGCUACCUGAAGGACCAGGCCGUGUCCUUGCUCAUCUAUAAACACAAGUUUGAGAAGAACCUCACAGGGCAGCUGGGCUUCAUCUCCUUCCCAGUCACCGAGGCACUCAUGGACCUCUUCCUGGGUUUCAAGAGGGUGAAGGGCUCACGCAUCCACUUGUCCUCCAAGAUCAACUGGAGCUGCCUGUUGCGCCGGCUGGAGGAGGCCCAGAGCAGCCAGCAGGUGUCACAGAGGGCAACACGAUGGGUGUCCCGGCCUGCAUCCCAGGAAACCUCCCAGCACAACACCCCCCAGCGCAGCCCAGAGACUCCCACUGUGCAGCCUCAGUUGGCCACCAGAGCCACCAAGGUCCAGGACAAAACCACAGAACCCCACCUCGACACAGGGCUGCUGCUUACCCCACAGGAGAACGCAGUAGAUGCAGGGCAGGAGCCCAGUGGGUUUCCAGAGCCCAAGGUGUCCACAUCAGCUGACACUAGCGUGGCCUCCCAUCUGUCCAAGCAAAAAGUGGACAAGAAGGACAAGCAGAGCAUUGAGGAGGAGGUCAAAGAGGAGGAAUUGGAGGAGGCUGCCACUUCAGGAGCCUGGUGUGGCUUGCCUCCCCUGGAGUUCGCUGAGUAUGUGGAGGCCGGGCCAGCUCAUCCUGGACUGACCAUGCUCAGUGGCCUAUGGUGGUCGAGCAACAUCAAGACCCUGCAGCUGCGGGACUUAGGGCCCAAGGAAGACACCAUGAUUGAGGUCCUGGGGAUCUAG